AUGUCGAAAGCGGUCCUCAUCACCGGAGCCACCGGCAAACAGGGCGGCUCAGUGGUGAACGCACUCCUGCGCGCCAAUGCCGAUUUCCAGAUCCUCGCUCUGACGCGUGAUGCAGAGGGAGCCUCUGCGAAGCGGCUGCUGCAGAAAUCCCCCAAGAUAAAGCUGGUGGUCGGCAAUAUGGACGCUGCGGACGAAAUCUUCGCGAAAGCCAAAGUGGCAUCGAACGUGCCCAUAUGGGGGGUGUUCAGCGUACAAACUGCUAUUGGAAAGGGCGCCAACGUCCAGUCCGAAGAGCGCCAGGGGAAGGCCUUGAUCGACGCCGCCCUCAAAUCCGGCGUCAAGCAUUUCGUCUAUUCCUCCGUCGACCGCGGCGGCUCCACCAAAUCGGACGCGGAUCCCACCAACGUGCCACACUUUGCCAGCAAGUACCGGAUCGAACAACACCUCUUCGAGAAGACCAAGAACCACGAGAUGGACUGGACGGUGCUGCGCCCGGUGGCGUUUUUUGAGAACCUCGCGCCGGACUUCUUCGGCAAGGUCUUCACGACGAGCUGGGUCCGGACGCUGGGGCGGAAACAGAAACUGCAGCUGGUCGCGACGAGCGACAUCGGCUUCUUCGCGGCCGAGGCGUUCCUCAAGCCCGAACAGUACAAAAACACCAAGCUCUCGCUGGCAGGCGACGAGUUGACCUACGACCAGUUCAAGACCAUCUUCGAGCAGAAAGUCGGCGCGCCGCUGCCCACCACCUUCUCCCUCGUGGCGGCCCUGAUCAUGUGGAUGGUCAAGGACUUGGGCUACAUGUACCGGUGGUUUCGGGACGUGGGAUAUGGGGCCGACAUCUCCAGCUUGAGGCAGCUCAAUCCCGAGUUGAAGGACUUUGCCACUUGGCUUGAGACGGAGAGCCCGUUCAAGAACAAGCGGACGUGA